GCGUGGCCGGCGGUGCGCGUGCGCGGGGCGGGGAGCGGGCCGGGGCUCGGUCGGUGUGCGCGGCCCUCAGUCGCGCCGUGCGGGGCUCCGGGCGGGCCGGUGCGGGUCGCGGAGCCGAGCGCUGCCGCCGCGUCCCAUGUCGGCUCCGUUCGAGGAGCGCAGCGGGGUGGUGCCCUGCGCGACGCCCUGGGGCCGCUGGUACCAGACGCUGGAGGAGGUGUUCAUCGAGGUGCGCGUCCCGCCGGGCACCCGCGCCAAGGACGUGCGCUGCAGCCUGCGGAGCCGGCACAUCUCCCUGGCCGUGGGCGGGCAGGAGCUGCUGCAGGGUAAACUUUUUGACUCUACAGUAACUGAUGAAGGAACGUGGACCUUAGAAGACAGGCAGCUGAUACGAAUUGUUCUAAUGAAGACAAAUAGAGAUGCUGGGAAUUGUUGGACCUCUCUGCUAGAAAAUGAAUAUGCUGCUGAUCCUUGGGUACAGGACCAGAUGCAAAGGAAACUUACACUGGAGCGAUUCCAGAGAGAAAACCCUGGGUUUGACUUCAGUGGGGCAGAAAUUUCUGGAAACUACAGCAAAGGAGGACCAGAUUUUUCUAGUCUUGAAAAGUGAACUUUUUAUAUGUGACCCUUUAGACAAAUUACAUGGUAUGUUAAGGACUGGAAUCAUGUAACUGUUGAAGACUUCAGUGAUCUCUUCAAUGGAUUGCUGUCAAAAGUAAUUACUUCAGUGAAGAGAAAGAAGAUCUUUUCCAUCAGAAUGAAGACAAAAUGUUACCAGCUGAUUUAUAAGCUGUGAUAACUGUAUGAUAUUAAGGCACAAACGAUAGCGAAAGGUGUACAUAAAAAAGUAACAUCUUUAAGCAGAA